AUGGACAGGGAGCGGGAGCGGGAGGAGCAGCAGCGGGAGCUCCGGACCUUGCGGACUGAGAUCGCGGCUCUGCGGAGACGCCUGGAGCACGGGCAUCCCGCCGCCGCCCUGGAGCCGGAGCCGGACCGCUUCUGCCCGGAGGACCCGCGGGCUGGCGCUGGCGGCCAGGAGGCGUCGAGGGGUCUGGAAGCCCGGCUGGGGCGCGUGGAGGCCGGCAUCUCCCUCCUCUCCGGGGUCACGGGCGUGAGGAUCGCGGACUUCUCCAUGACGCGGCUGGAGCUCCCGGGCAGCGGCCAGAGUGCCCAUCGCGGUGAGCACGGGCUGAGGAUCCUGCGAAAGGGCUACCUGGCUGGAGAGUGCCACACCCUUCCCUUUCAGCUUGAGUUCCAGCUUCUGGAAACACAGAGUGAAGAGAACUCCUCAGUUGCUAUUACAGACCUUGGCAUCAUACUGGAGCCCAUGGAAUACAGUGAGCUCGACAGAUUUGUGGCCCGGACAGAAGAGAAACGGGACCUUUUCCUGUUUUUCAGAAGCCUUCACUUUUUCCUGGAGUGGUGUGAAUACCGUCAGCAGACAUUUCAGCACUUCAAGGAGAAACACCCUGCCGUGGUGCAGCUCCCAGGAGGCCCUGCCGCAGACUCGAUGGCGCUUCAGAGCCCCCGUGUGCCUGGAUUUGAGCUUGUGGUCGUGUGGACGGUGAGCAUAGAUGAAGAAGGGAAGGUUCUGCCCAAGCUGGACCUUCUAACAAAAAUCCCAGAGCAAGCCCUGACCCUGGACGAGGAGGUGGUGGCUCGAGCCCCCCGCUGCUUCCGGACCCUCCUGCCGCUGCUGGGCAUAGAGGCUGCCAUCGAAAGCCUUAUUCAGCUGCUGUGCACAGAAGAAUGAAGAGCGCUCCUCUGGCCAGACUGGCUGUGUUGGAAGGUUC